AUGCUGGAGUUGAAAGAGCCAGAGGAAGUUGUCGUGGAAAACGCAAAAAUCGGCACAGAAAAUAAACCCUUUCUGUCUGCAGAUCCGGCAGCCAUGUCAUCGAAAGCAGAAGCUCCAAGCAUACAAGUCAUGCCACCAAAUACGGAGCGCAGGAACACAGUUUCUAAGCUCGACAAUCUUGGUGUUGAUAUUAGUUCUGUACUUUUUUUCGAUCAGGUUGUGAGGAGACUUGAACUUCUUGCCUUUGGUGAUUCCAUGCUCGAUACUUUUAGUGCUUGGUUGUCUUCUGCGUUUAAUUUGGAACAGGUCCUCAUCUUCGAGUUUGACAAUUCCAUUCGUCGAAAGGGAAGACGCGGUAUGUGUGGUGGUCAAAGAAGGCAUGUCACCGGAUCUGGUGGUGUUUUCAGAGUCGGAUUUGUUCAUAGCGAAAUCGUCGUAGCUUCCUGGGUUGAAUGCGGCAGGGAACAUAUUGUCUGGUGA